AUGAGCGGCAGAUUCAGACCACAAUACGACGAGCUGGAGUCCGAAGAUGACUAUCUCGGAAACGUCUUGAAGAAAGAUCCCGAGAGUGAUGACGACUACUCGUCAUUGUCCUUUGGUGCAUUAAACUCAGCUCAAAGGAAGCUUCGAGAACAGGACGAGGAAAAGAAGCCUAAGAAGUCUCCAAAGAGUUCAAAGAGCUCCACAGGUUCCAAGGGAUCCAGGAAAACGUACACACAUCAAAGCAGCUCGGAAAGUGACAGUGAUUCUGACAGCGAUGGUGGAUUCUUCGACAAAGACUCUAAGAAAAAGAAGUCCAAGGACAAAAAAUCAAAGAAUAAGCACGCACCCGCAGAGUCUAGUUCAAGAAGGCCAGUUUCUAGGAUCAGGGAAAUUCCGGGUCUCAAGUCCAAGAAGGAGAGUACGCUCUACAACGAUAUACGAUUUGACGCAGCAUAUGGAAAAGCAGACUGGAACCGGAUCAGAAAAGACUACGCAUUUCUAGAUGAGUACAGGGAGAAGGAAAUUAAGGAAAUGAGAGGCAUGUUGAACGACAAUAAAACAAGGCUGAAAAUGUCUGACAGAGACGUCCAAGAUACAGAGUUCCAGAUUCAGUCGCUCCAGCUGAGACUUGACACUUUGAAGAACAGAGACUUGGCCAACAAGAUCGUAGGAGACCACAAGAGAGAGCAGAACGCCAAGAUGCGCACAGGAGAGCAGGUCAACCCUUACUACUUGAAGAAGUCUGAGCAGAGAAAGAUGAUUCAAAAGGCUAAGUUCGAAACAAUGAAGGCGUCACAAAGAGAAAAGGUCAUGGAGAGAAAGAGAAAGAGAAGACUUGGCCGGGAGUUCCGCGAGUUGGAGUUCCGUGGAGCUCAGCAGUGA